UCAGCAGGAGAUAUGAGGGAAGCUUGGAUUGGUCUGCAUGAUCCAAAAGAUGUCAUCAGAACAUGGUACUGGUCUCUGCCUGGAGAGGAGUUCAAUGAGAGUGAGACAGACUGGAAAGAAGGAGAACCGUCUGAUAGAGGAAGUGGAACUGAGAGUUGUGGGUUUCUGUAUAAAAGUCUUAAAUGGGCAGAUACUGGUUGCCAACAUGACCGACAUUUCAUCUGUUACAACGCAACUAAUACAACCCAGAAAUACCACUUGAUUAAAGAGCAGAAGACCUGGCAGAAAGCUCAGAGUUACUGCAGAGAGAAACACACAGACCUGGUCAGUGGACUGAAGCAGCUGCAGGAUGGAGAGCUGAAGAAGGUGAUGGAGUCUGUGGGAAAUUAUACCUACAUACAUUUUGGUCUGUUCAGAGACUCCUGGAGGUGGUCAGAUGGAAGCAGUUUCUCUUUCAGACACUGGAACAAUGAGUUGAACAAUAUACAAUACAACAGUGAUCUAUGUGCCAUGACUGUGUUUGAUGGUGAAGGCAGAUGGAAGAAUGACAGCUGUGGUAUUAAAAAACCCUUCAUCUGUUAUGAUGAUAAAGUGAUCCUGAUCAAAGAAAGUAAAACCUGGGAGGAAGCCUUGUACUACUGCAGAGAUCACCACCAUGACCUGGUCACCAUCACCAACCUGGAUGAGCAGAGAUGGGUCCAGGAGAAAGCCAAGAAGGCCUCCACUGAUUAUGUCUGGAUGGGACUGCGCUACACCUGUACUCUGGAUUUCUGGUUCUGGGUCAGUGAUGAAGUGGUCAGCUAUCAGAACUGGGCUUCAGAUGGACUGAUGGAUGACUGUGACAUGUCUGGAGCCAUGGAGACAGGAGGACAACAUCAGUGGAGGAAAACAAAUGAUCUUAUGAUGUUUAAUUUCAUCUGUUCUAAUAAUUGAAAUUAAACUUGUAUCUUAAGAGGCUAAGUAAUCUGCCUUCCUUGUGCUG